GAGGGCGGAGCCUGUAACGGAGUGGGCGACUGUGGUGAGGGGUGGAGCCUGGAGCGAGGGGCGGAGCUUGUGGUGAUGCGGGGUUGUGGAGCCCCGAGUGAGGCAGGGUGGACAGGCCCUGCAGUGAGGGUGGGCGGAGCCUGCAGUGUAAAGGGAUUAUGCUGACGCGAGAGGCCAGGAACCACUGGUCUCGCGCAGCGGGGGCGGGGCCGGCAGCCACCUUGAAGCAGCUGUGCCUGUGCCUGUGUGUCUUUCCCGCUCCGGCUCAGCCCCACCGACCUUGGCUCCUGCCCACCCUGUGGCCCAUGUCCCAUCCCGAAGCCAGCAGUCAGAGGCAGGCGCCAGGCAAGUGCCUAGGGGUGGGGAGAGCCCAGAGCACCCUGCCCCUGCCAGGAGGUGGGGUGGGGACAGUGGUCUACCUGGCCCCAUGCUUCUUUGGCUAUGCAUCUCAGGGCCAAGACUGGGGAAAAAGUGAUCAGCGGCUGCUGCAGGCCGUGGAAAACAACGACGUGGCCCGUGUGGCCUCACUGAUCACCCACAAAGGCCUAGUGCCCACCAAGCUGGACCCCGAGGGCAAAUCCGCGUUCCACUUAGCGGCCAUGAGGGGUGCAGCAGGCUGCCUGGAGGUGAUGAUCAGUCAAGGUGCUGAUGUCAUGAGCGUGGAUGGAGCAGGUUACAACGCCCUGCAUCUGGCCGCCAAGUAUGGGCACCCGCAAUGUCUGAAGCAGCUGUUACAGGCCUCCUGCAUGGUGGACGUGGAGGACAGCAGCGGGUGGACAGCCCUUCACCACGCAGCGGCUGGCGGCUGUCUGUCCUGCUCAGAGACACUCUGUGCUUUUAAGGCACACCUGAACCCCCGUGACCGGUCAGGUGCCACACCCCUCAUCCUAGCUGCUCAGAUGUGUCACACAGAUCUGUGCCGUCUCCUCCUGCAGCAGGGGGCUGGAGCCAAUGACCAGGACCUGCAGGGCAGAACAGCUUUGAUGCUGGCAUGUGAGGUGGCCAGCCCCGAGACGGUGGAACUGCUUCUGCAGAGUGGAGCCCAGCUGGGCAUCACCGAUGCACUGGGCCAGGAUGCCACCCACUAUGGAGUCCUGGCAGGGGACAAAUUCAUCUUGCAGCUUCUGCAGGAGGUGGCUCAGCGCCCUUCAUCAUGCAGCGGUCCCCCAGGGCCAAACAAUGGCCUUCACAGAGCUGGGAACAAAGUCCUUAGAACUGAGUGCCUAACUCAGUUUCCCCUCCCCACAGCCUCUGUGGAGGAAGACUUCGGGGAGGCCUCCUCUCAGAACUCAGCAUCCAGCCAUGAAAAACGAGGUGCCCUCAAGAAGCGGAAGGCCCCCCAGCCUCCCACCGACAUCCCUGUUCCGGAUGAUCAGGAUGCCUAUGAGGAGAUCCUACGCCUACGGCAAGAGAGAGGCAGGCUUCUGCAAAAGAUCCGGGGCCUGGAACAGCACAAGGAACAGAAGAGACUGGAGCCCCAGGAAGCAGAGGCCAGUUCGGUGCAUAGCCUGGAGAGGCAGGUGCAGGAGCUGCAGCAUCUGCUGGCAGAGAAGCAGGAGGAGCAGGAGAGCCUCGGCCGGGAGGUGGAGAGUCUACAGAGCUGCCUCUCUCUGCUGGAGAACGAGCGGGAAAACACCAGCUAUGAUGUGGCCACCCUGCAGGAGGAGGAGGGGGUUGACAUGCUGCUAGCCAAGCAACUGAGCCCAUCAGCCCAAGAGCUGGUGGCUUCUCUCCAGGAACAGGUGGCUCAGCUCACCAGGCACAAUCAGGAGCUGAUGGAGAAGAUUCAGAUCUUGGAGGAGUUUGAUAAGGAGGAGGAGCAGAUAGAGGCUUUGCCUGAGGUGGUUCCCCUGGUGCUGUAUGACUCUCUACGGGCUGAGUUUGACCAGCUCCGAAGGCAGCAUGCUGAGGCCCUGCAUGCACUGGAACUGCGGGAGGUGCCCAAGGUUCCCAGAGAAGAGGGAGACCGCGGGGAGACCGUGGACAAGGGAGCCAAAACCACCCAGAAUGGACCCAGCAACCCAGAGCUCAACACCAACGUGGCUCCAGGCACCAUGGUGAAUGGAGGCGAGCCCACAGACAAAACAACAGGGGUCACAACCACAGAGCCCGAAGCCAUGGGAGCAGAAGCCACUGAAACAAAAAACAGGGGUCCAGAGGCCACAGGGAAAGAUGAUAGGGCAGCUGAGGCCCAGGAAACAAAACCCACAGUGGCUGAGGUCCUUGAGAGGAAGGCCACAGGAGAUAAUGCUGAAGUGGAGAUGGCAGGAGCAGAGGCCACAGGAGUGGAGGCCACAGAAGCGAAGGAGGAUCUAAGAACAAAAGCCAGUGGAGUGGGCAUGGUGGACACAGGGCUUUCAGGGACACAGAUCAAAAGCACGAGGGUCACAGGACCAGAGGCCACAGAAGCAGAGGCCACAGGAGUAAAAGCAGACCCAAGAGCAAAAUCAAAUGAAGUGGGCAUGGUGGUGACCUGGCUUUCAGAGACACAGAUUAAAAACAUGACAGCCACGGGAGCAGAGGCCACGGACACUCCGUCCACUGUGAUGCUACACCCCGGAGCUGCCGAGGCCUUUGAAAAGCUGCAGUCUGAGUUGGAGACCAGGAUCCGCGGUUUGGAGGAGGCUCUCCGCCAGCGAGAGCGCGAGGCGGCUGCGGAGCUGGAGGCGGCCCGUGGAAAGUGGGAGGCUGCGGAGGCCGAGGCAGGACGGCUGCGGGCGCAGGUGCGAGAGACCGAGGACAGUGCGCUCAGCGGCGGGGACCUGGCUCAGCUGCGGGCCGCCCUGGAACAGGCCCGGGAAGAUCUCCGAGACCGCGAUUCCCGCCUGCGGGAACUGGAGGCCAUCGUGGCCCGGCUGGACGAGGCCCGUGCCGGCCGGCUGCUGGCCGAGGAAGAGGCCCGUGGCCUCCGCGCCGAGCUGGCCAGCGGGGAGGAGGCCCGGCUGGAGCAGAGCCGGGAGCUGGAGGCGCUCCGGGAGCAGCUGGCCACGGCCACGGCCACGAGCGAGCAGCAGCGGGCAGCGGCCGGCGAGCUGAGCCAAGCGCUGGCCGCCACCGAAGCUCGGGCUGCGGAGCUGGCCACGGCCUGCGCGGAGGCCCGGCGUGGCCUGGCCGAACUGCGCGAGGCGUCCGAGGCCCUGCGCCAGGCUUCGGUGCCCGCGUCUGAGCACCACCGGCUGCGGGAGGAGGCCCUGGAGCUGCGGGGUCGCGCGGCCAGCCUGGAGCAGGAGGUGGUGGCCACCGGCAAGGAGGCUGCGCGGCUGCGGGCCGAGCUGGAGCGCGAGCGCGUGGGCAGCGUGGCUCGCUCAGAGCAUGAGAAGGUCGUGGGGGCGCUGCAGGCAGAAGUGGCCCGGCUGGAGGGACAGCUGGAGGACCUGGGGCGGAGACACGAGAAAACCAGUGCGGAGGUCUUCCAGGUACAGCGAGAAGCCUUGUUCAUGAAGAGUGAGAGACAUGCAGCUGAGGCCCAGCUGGCCACGGCAGAGAAGCAGCUCCGGGGGCUGCGGACAGAAGCGGAGAAGGCACGUCAAGCCCAGAGCCGUGCCCAGGAGGCCCUGGACAAAGCAAAAGAGAAGGACAAAAAGAUCACAGAACUGUCCAAAGAAGUCUUCACUCUCAAGGAGGCCCUGAAGGAGCAGCCAGCCAUAGCCAGCCCCGAGGUGGACAUGCUGCGGGCCCAGGUGACGGCCUUACAGCAGGGCAUGGAGCCUCCCAAAUGCCGGAAGACUGGCAUGCACCCCCAACCUGGGAUGUGCCGCGGUUUUCUGAUCCCCAUUCCCUGUGCCCGCAGGAGGCGGCCCGGAAACACAGGGCUGUGGUAGCUCUGUACCGCAGCCACCUGCUGAACGCCAUUCAGGGUCAGAUUGAUGCAGAUGUGCAGCGAAUUCUCAGUCAGAUCCUACAGAUGCAUCGAUUGCAGGCGCAGGGCCGCUGAACGCUGCUCGGCCUCCAUCCUCCCCAUCACACGACUGUAACUUCAGGGAUGAACCAUCUUCCCCGGACCUUAGGAAGAUCAGUGAGACACACCACGCACAGGAAGACAAGCCUGAGUCGUUUCCCGCCGCAGCUCCCCAAGCUUUGCCAUACUCUGUCUGCUCCCACAGCUCCCCACAUUCUGCUCAGCCUGAUGCUCCUCACUGCACGCUGGAGAUGCUGUGGCUCCGUAUAUCAUGCACACAUCCCAGCCCAGCACCCACCCAGGAAUAAAAGCAUAGUGAACCCAGGCCGCAAUGCUGGCUAGGGACAGAGUCAGAGCCCCUGGGCCCAAAACCCAAUAUGGCAAUAAACACAAGUGUAAUGCAAUAUUUAAAGAAACCAAAGUCUGGAGGCAUGAUUCAUAGGUAAACCCCUACCUAGAAUCCCCCAGAGAGGGGCUGGAGUUGUGGCUCAGGAUUAGAGUGACAGCCUAGAAUCCCCAGGGAGGGGCUGGGGGCGUGACUCAGGGUAGAGUGACAGCCUAGAA